AUGCCUCCGCCUAGCGAGCUGCCGGUCGAUGAGGAAAUAUUCGUGCCCGAGACGCUCCUGGCCGCAGCCACCUCCAGCGAUGCCUGGUCGCAAAGAUCACCACACGACCUCCCCCGCCAACUUCGAAGUGGCAUUCCUUCCGAUGAGGUCUGCGUGCGCAAACGAAGACAGACCACCCCCAGUUGGCCGUCGCCAGCUGAAACUGAUACGCCCUCUCGCGCGGAGGGUCGACCUUUGAGCAAUAGCCAUGGAAGAAGCGACGAGAUCUAUCCGUUGUAUGAGGAUUGCGUGGUGGUAGAGACCUCCCAGGGCCCCCAUGCGGUCCCUCAUGCUGAGCUCGAGGGCGAUGGUCCUACCAUCGACGAGCUACCAAGUCAGCUCCCCACCCCACCACCCAAAGCGCGCUGGACCCGACGGUCGCUGGACAGCAGCACUAUUCUCAAUCGAUUCACCGUGCUCGCCCCUUUCCCCUUGCGCCAAACUCUGAACCCCGCGGUCGAAAGAGCUCGCGACAGUAGUCGGGGGACCCUGUAUGACAAAGCCAACCUCGUCCAGAUCAAACACCAACGGCGAUAUUGGGUUCGAAUCUUGAUUGAGUAUGGAGCAUAUACACUGCUGCUCCUAUUUGUCUAUUUGGUGCUCGUGGGUCAACCUCUAUGGGGAGGCGCCAUCUACUGGCUGUACUGGGUGAUGCGCAACAAGUUCGUUUUCCAAGGUGGAUGGGCCAUCGUCAUCAGCCUGGUGAUCUUCUACUCCUUCGCACCACUCUUGACCCUCUUUGAGAAGGACCUUCCCGACCCCGAGUAUUACCAAAAUCGCAACAUCAAUCCGGCCGCCCCGGAUACCGCCCUCCUGAUCCCCUGCUACCGCUCCGCACCAGUCAUCGCGAAAACCCUCGAGGCCGCCCUGAAGAUCUUUCCCGCAUCGCAUGUCUAUGUCAUCGCGAACGGCGAUUCGACAAAUCCGUUGGACAACACCGAGGAGAUUUGCCGACGCUAUGGCGUCAAUCAUAUAUGGUGUCCGGUCGGCUCCAAAAUCAUCGCCCUGUUUGUCGGUUGUUAUGCGGCCAAGGUCUUUCGCUAUGUUCUCCUCACCGACGAUGACUGCGUCCUUCCGGCGAAUUUCCCUGUUGCCAUCUCGCGCCUGACUGAUGAGGUACGCUGCGUGGGCUAUACUAUCAAGGUGACAGGUUCGGAGUCGUCGAAGGGGACAUACUGCCAACAAGCCCAAGACUUGGAGUACAAACUGGCUGGGCUACAGCGCACCUUUGCCGGUCGCAUUGGCAGCGCCACCUUUCCUCACGGGGCGAUCUCUCUGUGGGAGCGGGCGUUUCUCAAGGAUACGCUCCAAGAUCACCCAGGCUUCUCCAUCAGUGAAGACUGGUUUCUGGGCAACAGCUGCCGACGGCUGGGUGGGCGGAUUAAGAUGUGCAGCAUGAUCUUUGUGGAAACCGCUGCCCCCCCGGCCUUCCUCUGGGUCGACAAGGAGCAGAGCCGGGGCGGCUUCGGAGAGAUGACCGUCUUCAAACAGCGAUUCCAGCGCUGGAAUUUCUUCAUUGUCAACGGCAUGCGAUACAAUCUGGCCUACGUCUUCGGCUCGUGGAAGCUGGGCCGGUGGGAGAUGGGCGCGAAGAUCUUCGUCCUGCAAGAGGUAUAUGAAACCGUCCUGAGCAUUCUUGCGCCCUUUAUUCUGCCAAUCUCCAUGAUUGUGCGCCCGGCUUUCUGCAUCGGGCUUCUGGUGGCAACCUUGGGCCUGUAUCUGCUGAACGCGGUCAUCUUCAAUGAGGUUCACCUCCGAUUGAAGCAGGAACGUGUGAGCUGGAAAGUCAUCGUGGGAUACUAUAUGCCUUACAAGAUGCUCAUCGCCGUGAUCAACGUGAUCAGCUGCUAUUGGUCUCUCAUCAAGUAUGCCAAAUAUUUUGCGCAGCGUCGACCAAAGCUGAUCGAGGAUCACAAGGCGGUUGGAAUUGUGCUGAAGCUGGAGGAGAUCCAACGGCAUCAGCAGGGGGGUGGGGGAGGGCUUGGUCGCAGCAUGACUGUGCGCACGGUCGGGGUGCGCAGCCGGGCAAGCAAAAGGGUUGAUUCUAUGCUAGGCACGAGCGUCGAGUCGGGGUCUGAUGGGGUGUAUGUUCUCAGGCCGAGGUGGAUUAAUAUAUCGAGUUCCGGUGGUUAUCUCGGGAUGUGGAUCACUGAAGAGGAUGAUUUCCCCUUGCGUGGCCUUGCAGGAGCUUUCAAUUCCCCAUACCCCAAGGUCAAAGGGUAA